AUGGUAUACGAGUACAUAGGGCAUGGAACGUCGGCGUUGUGUCAACCAUGUUCCUCUACGCUACAAUUGUCGUCCAUUACCACAGUUCCUAAAGAACGUAAAUCUCUGUCCGACCGUUCCUCGAUUACUACGACAACUACAGUCGAACCGGCGGUCCAGGCUAGUAGAAGGAAACACCGACGUCAAAUAGAACGUAGUUCCAUGAGAGACAUGGAUAUGACUAUGUAUCACUCGAAACUGGAAAAUAUUGGAGUAAGAUCAAUAAUUUCUCUUCAAUUGGAAGAGACUACACCUGCUGAUGAUGAUGAUGCAAUUCGUAUUACACCAGACAGAGGAUGGGCUUUGCCAAAAGAACGAAAACUGACGCGUCUGAAUGAAUCUCAGAUAAAAUAUCUCACUGAGAAGUUCGAUGAGGGUGUACAACAGAGAAUUCGAUG